ACUUGACCGCGGUACUAUAGCAUCUGUAGCGGUGCAUUCCGUGUCAAAUUGCGGUCUGUACUUGCAGUUAAUGUAGAAACAAGCGAGAUUCAUAAAGGCAUGAUGUUUGGCUACUUGCAGAAUGCGUGGCAGGAUGAAGCUAGAUUCAUGAAUCUUCUGAGUUAUACAUUCAUAGUUCUAUCUGUUUUUGUCGUCUGUAUUCUUGGAUAUGUUAGUGCCCCUUAUGGGCGUUAUUCGCGGCCAGGAUGGGGUCCACUCAUUCCAGUCAGGCUAGCAUGGUUUCUUCAAGAGCUUCCAUCGCUUCUGAUGCCAUUGUAUAUACUAUGCUUUACCGAGUGUCCAAGAGCUGGUGAAUGGAAGAACAAAGUAGCUUUAGGAUUGUUUAUUUUCCAUUAUAUUCAGAGAACCUUUAUAUUUCCAUUCCUUAUUAGAGGUGGAAAACCAACUUCAUUGGCAGCAUUUGUGUCGGCUGUUAUGUUUUGUGUUGCAAAUGGAUACCUGCAAGGAGGUUAUCUGCUCAAAUUUGCAGAUUUUCAGAAUGUUUGUGAUGCACAGUUUUAUGCAGGUUUGUUGUUAUUUCUUUCUGGGUUUGCAAUCAACAUUCAUUCUGAUCACAUCCUACGAAACUUGCGUAGAGGUAGUGAAACCGAGUACAAGAUCCCUCAUGGUGGAAUGUUUGAAUAUGUGUCUGGAGCAAAUUUCUUUGGAGAGAUUUUAGAAUGGUUUGGAUUUGCAAUAAUGAAUAAUACCCUACCUGCCUUUGCCUUUUUUGUCUUCACUUUGUGCAACACUGGACAACGUGCUUGUCAUCAUCACCGGUGGUAUCAAAAGAAGUUUGAAGACUAUCCUAAAAAGAGGAAAGCACUGAUACCAUUCUUGCUAUAAAGAGGGCAUUGGCUGGUUCUGUGGUGCACAGUCGUUUCUGAAAACAAGAAAUUGAUGUAAAUAUACAUGUAGCAUGUGAAUGGGUACAGAGUAAAAUAUUUUUUUAUACUUUUAUUUUCUGUACUGUGAUACCUCAGUUGUUAAAUAGAUAGGGACAUAAAUAUGUUUGUCUUUGUUAUUAUUGAAGAAUGUAGUAGAUGUAUUUAUGUUUUGAUCUGUAUUGUUAAUUUAACUUUUUGUUGACUGGGGACAAGUGGUAUGUGACAGCAGUGGACAACAUGAUUUGAAAUUGUGUUAUUUAAACUAUGGGGUACGGGAGGGGGAAUUGGUGUUUUGUGGCAAAUCGUCAGCUAAAGCUAUAUCACAGCAAAGCAGCCAGCUUGGUAAACAGAUGCCACAUGCAGAGAAAGAACAGUAUGUCUGAGACAAGAUCUGAACCCAGGACAGCUAAUCCUCACUGUACAAGUGACAGGCGAUAACCCUUAUGCAAUCGGACUGCCCCAUUUAAACCACUGAUGUAUACCUCGGACAUAAAGUGCAGUGGUGUCACAAAGAAGCUGUUGACUAUUUAUCAUCAUCAGUCAUUCAUAAUAUUUUAUUAAAGCAAGAAACCAACUAUAAAAAGCCCACUUUUUUGGUCAGUGUUGAAAUAUGAUCAACAUUCAUUUGAAUAGUUCCCUCCAGUCACCAUUCAGUCACCAAUAAGUCGAGCAUCAGAUGAGUUUUCCCCUUUCCUGGGUCAAUAGUGGUUAUGAUUGUUUUGUAGAAUUUGAAAAUGAAAUUAAACAAAGUUAGAUUUGAA